AUGGAGUUUGAUAGUGAGGAAAAGGCAUAUGAUUUUUACAAUGCAUAUGGUGGUCGAAUUGGUUUUAGCAUCCGGAAGGAGUAUGGCAAUAUAGUUAAUGGAAGAAUUACAUCGAGGGCGUUUAUUUGUAGCGAGGAAGGUGUGAAGGGGACUGACAAACGGGAUGUAUUUAGAAAGACUCCCCGGGCUGAAACACUAACCAAUUGCGAAUACAGCCACAUGAUGCCGUCCCAGCGACGAAUUUCCUCAGUCCAGGCCAUUGAUGUUGAGUUGGCUUUGGAUUUAGGAGUUUCGGUUUGUAAUGCAUAUGAGUUGAUGGGAAGGCAGUCUGGUGGCAAAGAAUCAGUUGGAUACUUGAAAAUGGAUCUUAAAAAUUAUCUAAGGACGCAAAGACAAAAUGAACUUCUUUAUGGAGAGGCGGCAUGGCUUGUGGAUUAUUUUGAGAUGCGUGGUUGUGAAGAUCCUUCGUUCUUCUAUUCCUUGCAACUGGAUACUGAGCAAAUGAAUACGAACAUAUUCUGGUCAGAUUGUAAAAUGAUUAUUGAUUAUGGCCAGUUUGGAGAUGUUAUCAGUUUCGACACAACGUACAAAGUGGUACACGGCAACAGACCAUUUGCAAUUUUCUUGGGUAUGAAUCAUCACCAGGAGACUGCUAUGUUUGGAGCAGCCUUAAUGUAUGAUGAGAUAGUGGAUUCGUUUGUCUGGUUAUUUGAAAUGUUCUUGAAAGCGAUGGGUGGAAAAGCGCCAAAGACAAUUAUUACAGAUCAAGACGCUGCAAUGGCGAAGGCAUUAAAGCAGGUCAUGCCGGUGACGAAACAUCAUUUAUAUGUUUGGCACUUAAUGAAUAAUGCGCAAAAGAACCUACUGUUUCUGUUUAAAUGCGUUGAAGGAAUAAAGAAGGUUAUCUCAAAAUUAAUGUUCCAAAUUGAGGAGGAGGAUGAUUUUAUCAGGGAAUGGGAUUUAAUGAUUGCAGAGUAUGGUGUUGCUGGUAAUAAGUGGCUUUCCACUUUGUUAGAUUUGAGACAUAAAUGGGCCCUGGCAUUUGUCAAACACGAUUGGUCUGCAGGAAUGAGUAGCAUGCAAUUGAGUAAAAGCUUUAAUGGUCAAUUGAAGUAUUACCUUUCCAGACAACUUAUUCUACCAGAAUUCUUCACACACUUUGACAGAUUGUUGUCCGACAAGCGGUACAAGGAGUAUGAAGCCGAGUAUGGCUUGGUGGAGAGGCAACCGGAACUAAAAACAAAGUGCCACAUAUUACGUCAAGCGGGGAAGGUUUACACCAAGGCAAUAUUUCAGCUUUUCCAGGAGGAGUUUUUAGCUGCUCUUGCGAGUCAGGCUGUUAUUAGUUGCACUAACUUGGAUAACAAUGGACACCGUGUUUAUAAAGUUGCUGGUGAGGACGGGGUGCGACAUCGUAUAUCAAAUGAAACCGUUGUUUUGGGGGACGCCGGUGGUAGCGAUAGUCCGUUAACCUCGUCCUACGUGUUAGUGAAUGGUGCAGAAAUUCUUGUCGAAUUUCUCAAUGAAGAAUCUUAUGUAACACCACCAGCUGUAUUCCACAACAGACAGCUUAAUAUUUGUGAACUAUGUACUUCAUCAACUAACCAUGCUGAUAUUGGCGAUCCAGCCAUGCUGUCAUCUGAACUGUACAGUAUGCCCUCUUCAUAUGAUGAAUCAAGUGCUCAUCGUUUGGGAGGUGAUGAGAAACAUGGGCAAGCACAUGUGACGCCAACAUCUGGAAUGGCAACGUUGGGGAUGAAUCAUCCAAUUCAACAUCGACUCUUUCAAUAUUGA